ACGACACUUCCGGUGUUUUUAUGGCAGCUUCGUUUUUUCUCCAAACAGCAGAGAUGUCAGCUGGAUGAAAGGUGAUAAAUAUGCACUGGAAAUAAAAUAAGAUAAAUAAACACCGACAAAACCUGCUCCAGCACGCAGACACGAAUAGGCGACGCAGAAGUUGCUCCGACGUGACAAAUUAAAUCUUGACGAGUAAGCGCGAGCUGGGUGAGCAGAAAUGUGUUGGCUAGUCAGCUGACUAGCAUGACAACAUUGCAAAUACUGCACAUAAAUAACACACAAACUCAUUAUACAUAAAAGUGGAUUAUUUUAGAUUUCAUUGAUGCACUUUUUUUAACGGAUAAACUCAAAGACUGAAGACCCUCGAAACAAUAUGUGUGCUGCUUGUGUCAGAAAGUAUUCUGUGUGAUAGAAGAGGAAAUAACUUGAACAUUUGCCACUCUUAACAGUCUUUUGCUCCUGUGUUUGUGGUUUUUAAAGUUAAGCUUGCUAAGUUAAUACUACUAUGCCUGUCAGAGCUGUUUGCCACUCCCAGCUUUUACUGCUAUCAGGAAGUUGCUGAUGACCCAUAUAGAGAUCACCCGCACUGAGGACUACAGCAGCAGUUCAUGUGCAAUCCAUCAAAGGACGUCUUGAGCCGAAGACAGAAUAUGUGGCUUCAGCAGAGAUUAAAGGGCCUUCCUGGAUUGCUCUCCAGCAGCUGGGCCCGGCGUGUUUUGGUUGGAUUACUUCUCUUCCUUAUUUUCUACUGGUAUUCGAGCUCAGAUGGGCUUCUGAAGUUUCUAAGCAUCUCCACGGAGUCUGGCGGGGCUGCAGGUGUGUGUUUGCAGACUGAUAUUCACAGGUGGGAGUCGCUGGUUGACCGAGGGGAGGGAGUGCUUUCUACCCCACAGACAAAACAAUCAGUACCGUUUGUGGUAGGUAAUGGACAUUUUCUGGUUGACGUGGACUCUAAUAAACUCUGGGUAGCUUCAUCUUCACAGCCUGGGUUUGCACCGGUUCACCAAACAGAAUAUUCUCCAAUAGUGCAGUUGCAGAUGCCAGGAACACGCUUGGAGGCACGGGCUAUGAUGCUGUGGCACAGAAAAGGCUCUGUGCUGUCAUCCCGCUGUGUUCUGACAGGUAAUUUUAAGUCACCUCGCGAUUGUGUCAUUGUGCGAGAGGAAUUCGUCGCUCAUCGCAGCCGACCCAAUGUUUAUCUUCAGAGGAUUCACAUAUCAAAUCCUACAGACCGCGGGGUUUCAGUUGACGUGUCUGUGGAGUCGCCUUCGUUUAGGAGCACAGUGGAGAAGGUGGAAGACAAAGAAUUUGUGCUCUCCUCAGGUAAGGUGCUCACAGAGAAGAAAGACAUUGUGUUUGUGGUGGUGGCUACCAAGAAACUAAGCAGCAAGAUCCAGGUUCCUGCCAAGUCGGACUACUCAGAAAAUUUGUUGAGUGUGAUUCACACUUCAGAGCCAACUGAGGGAGCGAAACUGGAUGAGACCCUGGGCAAGCUCAGAGAAGGAGUCAAGAGAGAGAUGGUGGAUGUCCUCCGAGCAAAUGUGGAGGAAUUAGUGCAAGAGCACCAGCAAGCAUGGGUGGAUCUCUUCACAUCUGGUGUGGAGAUCAGAAAGAUUACAGAUGCCCACACUCCAUCCAGUCGUACAGUCAACAACACCCUUUACUACAUUCUCUCCACCUCCACAGCGCCCCUGUUAGAUCAAAGUCUGACAGCAGAAGAGCAUGAACGGCUGGAGUCCAGCCUGAAUUAUGCCGACCACUGCUUCAGCGGCCACGCCACCAUGCAUGCUGAGAACCUGUGGCCCGAGCGACUCACCAAUGUAGCUCAGAUCCUGCAGCUCGUCAACCUCUGGAACUUGACUUUCCAGAAAAGAGGCUGUAAGGUGCUUGUGGCAGCAGGCACUCAUGGAAUGAUGCAAGGCAUGGUCCUUAGUUUUGGCGGUCUGCAGUUUACUGAAAACCACCUCCAGUUCCAGGCUGACCCGGACGUUCUUCACAACAGCUACUCUUUGAGGGGCAUUCAUUACAAUAAAGACCUUAUCAAUUUGGCUGUGUUGCAGGAUGUUGAAGGCAAACCCUUCCUUCAUGUGUCUGUCAAGCCUCAGGAGAAACCAGUGAAGCUGUAUGCCUGUGAAGCCGGCUGCAUGAAUGAACCUGUGGAACUGACCUCGGAGUUGCGAGGUCACACGUUUCCAGUGAUGGUGACCCAGCCCAUUACACCCCUGCUGUACAUCUCCACCGAUCUUACUCACCUACAGGACCUGAGGCACACCAUGCAUGUCAAGGCCAUUUUGGCUCACGAAGACCACAUGGCCAAACAGUAUCCAGGGCUGCCCUUCCUCUUUUGGUUCAGUGUGGCGUCCCUCAUCACGCUCUUCCACCUCUUCCUCUUCAAACUCAUCUACAAUGAGUACUGCGGGCCUGGAGCAAAGCCGCUCUUCAGGAGUAAGGAUGAUGAUGCUGAAUGAAGCCUAAUUGUGUGGAGAAACAUUAAAUAUGGCUCUGUUUCUGGAUGUCCUCUCAGGAUUGCUGGGGAAAUAGCAAUAUGUAUAAAAUACUGAAUGUUUUCCUUUUUGCUGUGUAUAUUUAAUUCAAUAAAUUAAUUAUCAAUUGCUGUUUUUUGUACAAGUUGCUAAAAUACAAAGGUAUUUGAGGGUGCUUAGCCCCAGGUACCAAUUGAUUCAGUUUUAAAAUAUUGAUAAAAUAUCAAAAUUAUGAAGGAUCCAAACCAGCCUUUUUAUUAUUGUAGCUUAUAAACAAGCAAAAUCAUUAAUGGAACAAUCCACUGUGCAGCUCAUAUCCUAAACAUAUUUAAACAUGUCCAUUGUUUUUUAGAUUUGAAGUAAACUUCAUUGCUUGUCUACAAGACGAAAUGAGUCUUUAAUACUAAAUACUAAAUGUUCAUUGUAGUGCUUAUUGUUUGUAAUUUAUGAUGGAUCAAACACAUUUCUUUGAAUACUUUGAAAAGUUAGCUCUCAACAAAACUAAUGUAACACAAAAUGUAUAUUUCCAGUCUUUACUGUAAAUCAAUAACCUGCGGUUUUACAAAUGGCAUUAAUGCUACUGUAAUCAUACACUUUGGUUUACACUUUGACAAUGUGUCACAAUAACAGUCUUAAACCACCACUGUCAAGUUCUAUAAAUUACAACCUGCCAAUGAUAUUAAUUUGUCUCUGUGCAUUUAAUCCAUGUAUGUCAUUAGGCUUUAUUGUUAAGUGUGACAUCAAUUUUAAAAGAAAAGAAUCACAAUAAAGAUGGUGAUCGUUGAUGAAUCAUCCCUUGUGGUAUUUGAACCUACAGACUUGAGGUUACCAGCUCAGAUCUUUAACUACAAGCUGCAUUUGGUUCAAUUGUACAUUCAAACUAGGAUGUUAUUUGGCUGCAUCUUAUAGUUAAAUACUGACAAGGAUAUCAAAUAUAUAAAAAAGCUUACCCAUAAACUUAAAAUACACACUUUGUUCUGUAUACCCAUGUGGUCUAUGUGCUGUGAUGAUUCAUUUCCUCUUGCAAUAACCUAUGAACAUUGGUGUUUUUGGGAUUUAGUCAAAACUAAAGAAUUGGUCUGAUUCAUCUUUGAUUAAUUCCGAAUUCAGAUAUACUGUAUAUUAUUUUUUUUUUCUAUCUUUAAGUUCCAUUUAAAAUAAUUGUUUCAUGUUCAGGUUGUCCAAAAGUUGUUUUUGUGUGUGCCCCCAAUGGAUUAAAAUAAAUAUUGAACUUGAAACCAUUCAUCAGUAUAACAGUUGUUGGGUAAAACUGACCUUAAAUCAACAGAAUUUUGAGUACAGAAGAUGGCAGGACAUUUUACAAGCCCCUACUACUGGAAUAUUACUAAACGUCUGACCAAUUGUCCUUGUCCAGACUGAUCUCCCAGUGAAAUCGGAAACUUUAGCUAAUUGGUCUGUGCUUACAGAAAUGCAAAGCACUGCUCCUAGAGGCCAAAGUGUUGUUUGGCAUACGGGCAUGUGUUAGCUCCAUUUUCCAGAUGUAAUGUCCAGUGAGGGGCGCCAAAAGCGAGUUGUGAAGCAAGCAAGCUCGCGCUCAUCAAUGAUUAUGCGCUUACUUCUGGUUUUAACCUGAUAUUUGAACUCACCACGCGCCCCACCAAGAGCGAAAACCACAUUAUAGCGACCACGAGGAGGUUACCCCAUGUGACUCUACCCUCCCUAGCAACCGGGCCAAUUUGGUUGCUUAGGAGACCUGGCUGGAGUCACUCAGCACGCCCUGGAUUUGAACUCGCAACUCCAGGGGUGGUAGUCAGCGUCUUUACUCGCUGAGAUACCCAAGCCCCCCCCACCCCUCCACCAUUCUUAAUCGGCAAGUAUGUCAUACCUAAGACUGAAGAGAGUGAGAUCUCAGCAAAACAGUUGGCAAGUGUGACACCCUCGGCCAAAAUCUAGUUGUUUUGAGUGUGCUAUAGUGUGACGCCAACUUGGUGCUUUUAGUUUUGGGAAGAAAAAUACCUAUUGAACAUUUCCACCGUUAUUGCCCUGAAAAAAAAAAAAAAAAAGACAUUGAACACACAUUCCCCUUUUAUAUAGCGGGGCAUAUUGUCACACUAUGGGGUGAGUUGUCACAAUGGAACCUCCCAUUAAGACUGUCUAUUAUAUGCUUUUCAGCUAAAUUUAAACAAUAAAACAAUUAAACACAAAAUAUACCAACAAGCAAAAGUAUCCAAGCAUUGUUUUGUCCAACAAAUAUUGUAAUUAAUAAUUGUGCAACUUCAAACAUGUCAUCCUCUUGGUUUAUAACUGCCUAAAUUGUAUAGCUGACCAUUGUCUGAAUGUAUGCCAUUGUGGUUCACCCAAAAAUAAACAU